CUUGACGGAGCCCCGAGCAUUGAGAAGAACGAGCGAAUCUGAUGAAAAGACGGACGGUCGGAGGAAGAGGAAGGAGAAGAGGUCGCCUGAGUCUAAGGAUCAGUAUCUGCGAAGAAACAACUUUAAGGCUAACACGAGCGUGUCAUGGCGACCAUAGUGAUGGAGAGGAUUGGACGAGUGUUCAUCAGCCUCCAGCAGAUCAGGCAAGUUCCCCAGAUGCUGACCGAGGCGACGCCCUCCAUGCCCGACACGGUCAGGGACUCCGAGGUCCCGCACUAUUUCAGGGAGCGCUACGUCUGCAGCGGCUACAGGAAGCUCGACCAGAACUGGCGCUACUACUUCCUGUCGCUGUUCCAGCGCCACAACGAGACGGUCAACAUCUGGACUCACCUGCUGGCUUGUUUGGUGUUUCUGGCCAAACUGAAUAAACUCUCCGAGACCGUAGACUUCGCGGGCGACGCUCAUUCGUGGCCCCUGCUGGUCCUCAUCGUUUCCUCCUUCAUCUACUCGGCGUUCAGCGCGACGGCUCACUUGCUAGGUGGCAAGUCGGUGCUUUGCAACUACUGCUUCUUCUUUCUUGACUAUGUCGGGGUAGCGCAGUAUCAGUACGGCAGCGCCGUCGUCCACUUUUACUAUGCUGUGGAUGAGAGCUUGUACAGACAGGUGAAGGGCCUCUUCAUGCCAACUGCCACCCUCCUCAGCUGUCUUUCAUGCCUGGGCUGCUGCUUUGGCAAAUACGCCAACCACAGACUGCCCACCUGGGUGCGUAAGGUGUGCCAGGUGGUGCCCUCAGCCCUCGCUUAUAUCUGGGACAGCAGCCCGGUGGCUAUGAGACUCUUAUCGUGGUCCAGCACCGACUCCACCAUCGUCUCGCACUUUGGUCAGGUGGCUUUCUUUAUCAGCUGUGCCUUCUUCUUCACCUUCCCCCUGCCAGAGUGCUGCUUCCCCGGUCGGUGCGACUUUCUGGGACACAGCCAUCAGAUCUUCCACCUCCUUCUCUCUUGUUGCACCCUGUGUCAGAUCCACGCCUCCCACCUGGACUACGUGGACCGUAGGAAACUGUACGCGCGUCUUCACGAGAGCGGCGAGCCGGCUCUCUUCGUGGCGCUGUAUGCCGUCACCUUGGUCGUGUGUUCGCUAAUUGCCGUCGUCAUGAUGAAGAAAGUUAAACGAGUGAUUGACUUCAAAGCCAAGUCCAAAUAAUAAAUUAAAUGCCACAGCAUCUAUGUGCCUUUCCUACAGACACAGCUUUGUCUAUAUAGAUUUAUAUGUUGAAGUUAGAAGUUAUUAUUUUAUGCUCUUGUGUAUUUUGUCGUAAUGCACAAUUCAAAAAUCUUUCAUGCAUUCGUUUGGCUGGUGCCUUUCACGCCUCCGCCCUGAUGACGGCCAUUGUUGGACGCAUUUUGUUGACAUGUAAAUCAAUGGUCAAGGUCACUGUGGCCUCCCAGAUCAAGCUGCAGCUCACGCAGCUUGACUUAUGCACCCAUCAGCCAUAACAUUAUGACCACUGAAAUGGUGAACACGUAUUGUCUGAUUGGGAUACAUCUAAUGGGAUAUAUCAGGCAGCAAGCAAAAAUUCUGUCCUCAAAGUUGAUGCGUUAGAAGCAGGAAAGACGGGAGAUUUUGAGCGACUUUGACAUGGGCCACAUUCGGAUGAACACCUCCAAAACAGUGGCUCUUGUGGGGACUUUAACCUCUUACCAGGGGAAUACGUUGGAUACGCCGUGGGAUGAAAGCAAGCUGGCGGAAGCUGCGUGAUACUUUUGGACAAUGUUCUGCUGGGAGUCCUAUGGUCCUGCCAUUCCUGUGGAUGUUAAUUUGACACACACUACCUACCUAAGACAUCCUUUCAUGGACACAAUAUUCCGGAUAAUGCACCAGUGCUUCAGGAAUGGUCUGAGGAACACAACGACGUGCUCGAGGUGUUGACUUCACCUACGAAUUCCCCAGAUCCCAAUCCAAUUGGGCGUCCUUUGGAUGUGGUGAGUGAGCAAGUCUGAUCCAUGGAGGCCCCAACUCAUUACUCGCACUACGUAAAGAAUCUGAUCCCAACCCUGUGGCACCAGAUUGCCACAACACACCGUCAGAGGUCUGGUGAGGUCCGUGCCCUUACAGGCCCUACACAGUGUUACGCACAAGGUCAUAAUGAUAUGGCUAAUUGGUGCCUGCAUCAGUUCUACCACCUCAUACCUUAAAUAGGUAGCCUACUCCUAUUUUAGCAUUUAUACUAAACGCACUGACUUUAUCUGCAAGUUUUCUUUCUAUGUGGCUGCUUUAGUUUAUUUUUUUCUUCAGACAGUGGUGACUGGAAGCCAUAAUUAUUACUAUUGGGAGUUGUUGAUCAUAUGUUGAUCACUACAACUUUCGCUGAAAUCACUGCAGCACAGAAAAGGGAGACGAAUACUGGAUGAUCGGCAUGGGCCUUGAGCCAGCCGAGGCAGGAGGUGCAGUGUUUUGUUUGUACGGCCACAAAGAGACGACGAUGAUGAAAUGCACCCUGACCCGAUCUCACCUGCCUGAGUUGCUUCAGUGUCUAGUUACAUUUCAGGGGAGGUACGCGUCAGGCAACGCAACACAUUCUCUCAGAAACCUUGAUAAAUGAUACUCAAGAUUUUCCAUAAACGUUUGAUAUGAUAAAAACAGAAGUGAUGAUGAUUUCUGUUCAGACGCUUCACUGUGAUUGAACACUGCCAUAAUACUUUAACUGUCUUUGUAUUGGAGUUUUGUCUAUCAAGACUUGGGUAUCAUUCCAUGUAGUGUAUGGCCAUUUAUAUGUAUUAUUGCUGUUACUGAUAAAAAAAAUAAUAAUAAUAAUAGUUUUUAACAACCAAGUUGUGAGCAUCUCAAAUGUACAAGUAUUUAUAUGAUUAAGAAAGCAUCAGACCCUAGGUCUCGUUACACUGUGGCCAUUAUUUUUUCAAUGGACUUUUAAGAUUUUAUUUGAUUGUUGAUUGUACGAAAGUGCUGGCAAAUCUCCACAGUCAAAAGUUUAGACCUAUUAAUAAAGUGCAAGCUAAAGAUCAACCAUUUUACACUAUAGUCACCACUGUUGGACAUGUGGACCUUUAUUAAUGUGCCUUUGGAAGCCGUUGUGUUUGCAUUUUAUGUCUGACAUUUUAUGUCAGGCUUGGGAUAAAGGGUGCCCAGAUUGUCUGCUGCCUUGAAAAUGACUGUGCUCAUGUCUGCUAAAUGUCAGCAGGUAAUGACACAGUGUGCGGAUUGUUGAAGAGCUAAAGCCUUAGUAUUAAAGGUGCCAUUUUUCGCGAGCUUAUACAUGCAGGUUUAAAACCUUUGAAGACACUCUAAGACAUUUUCCAUUGCCAGUUACAAUCUCCUGUGCUACUGCAAGUUUGAUUACAUUGCCCUUAGAUAUUAUUGAAUGUACUGUCUUUAGAAUGUAUUUUAAGAAAAUGUGGACGUAUUAUGAGGGAUUUUAAUAUAUAAUGCAAGUCUUUUGGAAUGUCAUAUUGUAGACGUUUAUUACGUACGUGUAGACAAUCGCUGCAAUCACUGUAUUGUGUCUUACGUGAAAACAUGUUUGUGCCUUUGUGAUAAUUUAUAUUUGCAAGAGAUGAUGAUGAUGAUGCCUAUGACUGAAUAUGAAGUAAAGAAGGUGGUAUUAAGUCAAACAAUGUUCAACACUGUGCUUAAACUGUCAAGGCCUUAUGGGAAAUGUGGUUCUUGACUGGCCACGGCAAAACAUAAAUACUAAAUACAAUAAAAACAUUUCUGAAAAGCUACCAUAAUUCCAUCAUGAUCUGACAUAUGACGCACACUGUUGAGAAAGCCUCCCUGUCAAUGAGAUUUUUGAACAAAGAUGUACUUUUAUUAUUUUUUUACUUGAGGGGCGGUUAUGACCGUCGAGUGUAUUAAUCAAGAGCACGACGACCUUCAUGUGUAAAAGAAGGUGUGUUUCUGACGUGUUAUCUAGAUUGUUAUCUUUAAAAUGCAGCAUGAAACCUACCUCUAGUUUCUGCUGGGAGUUCUUGAAACCAAGGGAUAAUUAUAGUUGAUAUUGUGACAUGUAAGGUCUUAUAUGCAAACACUGUCUUAACUGUUAAAAAAAAUAAAAACUUUAACAUCA